GAUUUAACAUCAGCGCUGACCAAGAAGAUCACAUUGAAGGCCCCCCUCAUCUCAUCCCCCAUGGACACCGUUACAGAGUCGGCAAUGGCUAUCGCAAUGGCACUAAUGGGAGGCAUUGGCUUCAUCCACCACAACUGCACACCGGAAUUCCAAGCAAAUGAGGUCCGCAAGGUCAAGAGAUUUGAGCAAGGUUUCAUCACGGACCCAGUGGUGAUGAGCCCGCGCCAGACUGUCGGCGAUGUGCUUGAGGCUAAAAUGCGCCACGGCUUCUCGGGUAUCCCCGUCACCGAAACGGGCAAAAUGGGCGGAAAGCUGGUGGGCAUCGUCACCUCCAGGGAUAUCGACUUCCUCUCGGAGAAGGACCACACCAAGCCUUUGGCGGAGGCAAUGACAAAGAGGGAUGAGCUGGUGGUCGCUCCGGCUGGCGUCACGCUGAAAGAAGCAAACGACAUUCUUCAGCGCAGUAAAAAAGGCAAGCUGCCCAUUGUGAAUGACAACGACGAGCUCGUGGCCAUCAUCGCCAGGACGGAUCUGAAGAAGAACCGCGACUACCCCCUGGCCUCCAAAGACUCGCGUAAGCAGCUGCUGUGCGGUGCCGCCAUCGGCACCCGCGAUGACGACAAGUACAGGCUGGACCUUCUGGUGCAGGCGGGCGUUGACGUGGUGGUGUUGGUGAGUCUUUUUACC